CUUCAAGGUUGAACAUGAAUAUUGCGUCAGAUAUCCACUCCUUUUCCUCCCCCUCGGAACAAGACCAUCCUUUUGCAUAUCCAUCAGCGCCUCAUAGUGAAUAUACGAAUUAUCAGUUUCCAGUUGCAAAUCAAACUAUGAAUAGUAUGCAACAAGCUGCAAUACCAGCAAAUCAAGCACAGGCCCCUGCCACGCCACCGACAGUCUAUGUGAUGCCCCCGUUUCAAGGAAAUAACGUGAAUGCUCAACAGGCAUCUAUACAGCAAACACGAAAAGUCGCUGCUGUAUCGAGUUCGAACCUCAAGUUUGGCAAAACCCCUCAAACGAGCAUUUGUCCAAACUGUGGAGAACAAGUAGUGACCAGAGUCAUAUUUAAGAACUGCACAGGAUGUAAUUGGUGCAUUUUUAUCGCACUCUCUUGCAUUCCUUGUUUGCUAAUGUCUUCUAGUGGAUGCAAAUGCGGUUCCAUCGCGUAUCAUUCUUGUUCAAACUGCAGUUACAAUCUUGGAAGAGGGGGUGCUCCGUGCUAAGGUGGACUAGAGCCAAUGCACGAGAUAGUUUUUCUGACGUGCCUCAAUUUUAAGCUUGGUGUUCUGCACCCGACGUGUGGAACAUAUAAAAGGUGAAUACGACUGUUUGCUUCUUCAAAUAAAAUAGUUCUGUUUGCAUGCAC